AUGGAGGUCUUGACGCCCUCGGAUUACCAGUUCGGUCGCAGAAAGCGUCCAAAACGGAGUCUUAGACCGUGUGAUGCGUGCCGAAAGAGGAAAACUCGGUGCAUCGCCGGCAAGGAGAGAGACGGCAAGUGUGUCCACUGCGAGCUGCGCGGCUCAGCUUGCACCUUUCAGCAGAAGCCGCCAGACCGUCUGCCGCAGUCUGACACGACACCUACUCGAACUGGCCAGUCGGCGCCUUUGGUACAGCUGGCAGAGCGUGCCUCAGUUCAAGGAGACAUGUCCCCUGAACAGCCACGGCGAACCACCGGGGACAGCCAGGGUCCCGCCCGUACCGGGAGUGAUGUCCAGCCGGAGCAUGAAAGCCCGGCGUCUGCUGUGUCGGAUUUCACACCCGACGCCUCGACGUUGGGGCUAGCACACUCUCGCUUUGCAGAGCUGUACGGACUUGGAAGCGAUAUGGAACCUAUACUAAUGCGUCACCGACCUUAUGACCCCUUUACUCAAGAAUUCGGCCUCGAGACUCACGCCAUUCGGCGUGUGCUGGAGCGGGAUGCUGGCCUUGUGGACUAUCCUCUGACCUUCCACAUGGUGUCAGACCAGAAGGCUCUUGAGUACGACGCUGUUCAUCACCAAGUUGACGCCAUCGAGUCGUGUGUGCGCCCCAAUGGCCCAAGUCUAGUGGAGCUGUUUUGGAGACACGUCCAGCCGUGCUAUCCCUUACUACACAAGGAGUUCUUCAUGCUGAACUACAACCGAUCAUAUCGCCAUAUUGAGCCGGCAGUGCUGGGUGCCGUUUAUCUGUCUGCACUACGCUGGUGGUCAUAUGAUCCUGAGCUUUCCAUCCGGAGCAUGCCUGACUCCAUUCUGCUCAGGAAGCUCUUGCAUGAGUCCAUCUCGUCCUCGUAUCACCGGCCGAAGCUGUCGUCUAUUCAGGCCAUCCUCAUACUUCUGCAGUGUCAACCAGAAGACCCUCUGAACCCUGAUCACACAUACGCCUGGGGGUUGACCUGCCAGGCCCUAGCGAUCGGCCAAUGCCUAGGCCUGCAUCUUGAUGCCACAAACUGGUCCAUCCCGUCGUGGGAGCGAAACAUUAGAAAGAGGUUGAGCUGGGCACUCUACAUGCAGGACAGGUGGACAGCUCUGGCCUAUGGUCGCCCCGUGCACAUCCACCACGAUGACUGGAGUGUCCAAGAGCUGUCCCACUCAGACUUUGUGGACUGCGACAACUCGGUGGCUGAUGAAGAACGACGGUCCAUCAGUGCUACGGGCAAGGUCCAGUUCAUGAUGAUGGUACAGCUAACACAGAUCCUAUCCGCUGUGCUUUCCUCUUUUUAUACCGCAAGGACUGCCUUUGACCAAGACGCUGUCUUGCUUUAUCAGCGCGCACAGCCGCUGUUGGACCGCCUGCAGGAAUGGUAUCAGAGCAUACCUUCUUCCCUGCAGAUGAACAUCACCUACCAGAGGAAGUUGUCAUUUCAUGGCUAUCUCCAUUUCUCGUACUAUGGAGUAGUGAUCGCUAUCCUGCGUCGGCUCAUUAGAUCUACAGCGUUGCCACCACGCUGUAACGACGACCAGCUGCUCGCCAGUAUUCGACAGCUUGCCCUCCAGACCGCACAGAAUGCGAUCAGCUUUGCUUUAAGUCUACGGCCAGAUCAGCUGGAGGCAUUUUGGUAUUUCACUUCUCCCUAUCUCUUCGCACUCGUCGGAUCUUUUACGACUCUGCUGCUGGUCAGCUCCCUCUCUUCCCAGGAGCGGAGCUUCUGGCAGGAGACACUCAACUCCUACCUGUGGAACCUGCGAAUGAUGAGCAAGAGCAGCGAGCCAAUGCGGUACGCGGUCAACCGGCUCGAGGGCGCCAUCCUACGAGGCCUCGAGCAUGCGCUCGCCGUGAACCUGAACGAGCCUCUAGACGAUACAGUCAGUCCCAUGAUGGCCAACUACGUUACCGAAGCCUUCGAGUACACAGACUUUGGGGACUGGGACCUUGCCCACGGCGUUACCGGCGCAUUCGAUUUACUAAGCGCAGCACAGCUGGAGCCGAAUGCUUUACUGAUGGGACACACGAUGGGAGGUGGCUAG